AUGGUAACUCCUUUGUCUUCUCCGUCGCCGGCGAUCACCACCACCGUGUCUCCGGAGCGAAAAACAAUGGAAGAAAGCGUGAAUUUUAUUGGGAGAAUGGAAGAUUUUGAUGAUUUUGGGGAGUUUAACACAAACGGAACGAUCAAAGACCACGACAGUGGUUUCGGGUUGUUUCCGUUAAGGAAGCAUGGGUUGUUUUCGUGUUUUCCGACACAAGGGCAGAGGAGACGGGCGAAGAAAGAAUCAACUCAAGGGAAGAUGCAGAAUGUGAAUUGUUUUCCGUGUUUCCCGACACGAGAUCCGACGCAUAAAAUGAACUGUUUUCCGUGUUUUCGGGUACGGAAGAUGAACUUUUUUAUGGGUUUUGCGGUACGAGAUUCGACCCAAGCAAAGACGGACCCGACGUGUGGAAAGAAACGAAAGAUGAAUGGUUUUUCAUGUUUUCCGACACGAGAUUCGACGCAUAGAAAGAAACAAAAGGGGAGUUGUUUUUCAUGCUUUCGGCCCAAAGAUUCGACACAAGGAGAAACAGGGAAAACGAAUCGUGUUUCGUGUUUUCCGACACGAGCAAAGAACGAUCCGACACAAGGAAAGAUACAAAAGACGAAUUAUUUUCCGUGUUUCCCGAGACGAGCAAAGAACGAUCCGACACAAGGAAAGACACGAAAGAUGAAGUGGUUUUCGUGUUUUCCAACACGAGCUAAGAAAGAUUCGACGCAAGGAAACGCACGAACCACAAACCGCUUUCUGUGUUUCCAGAUAAAAGGGAAGAGACAACAGAAUAAGAGAAAGGUUCAAGCCGAAAUCCAAAACCAUGUCGUUUGUCCCCUUAAAAGAGCUCGUAAGGGCGCUACAAAGAACAUGGCCGGUAUCAUACACGAACCCAACAACAAUAUUGCCGUGAGAACUUUCCCGUUGAAUGAGCUAUCGACAGCAACAAAGAACUUCAACGAAGAGUAUCUGCUCGGGGAAGGUGGGUUCGGGCAAGUCUACAAGGGAAAACUCGAGGAAACCGACCAGAUCGUAGCGGUAAAGCAGCUAAAGCUCGAUGGGUUGCAAGGAAAAGGAGAGUUUCAGGUAGAGGUUAUGAUGCUAAGCCAUCUUCAUCAUCCGCACUUGGUAAAUCUAAUCGGCUAUUGCGUGGAUAACGAUCAACGACUACUCGUUUACGAGUACAUGUCGGCUGGUUCUCUAGAAAACCAUCUACUCGAUCUCCCGCCCGGGAAACCUCCAAUUGAGUGGUCGAAAAGGAUGAAAGUCGCGUUGCAUGCUGCAAAAGGUUUAGAAUAUCUGCACGAGAAGACCAAUCCACCGGUUAUCCAUUGCGACUUAAAGCCCUCCAACAUAUUGCUCGAUAAGGAUUUUAAUGCGAAACUCUCGGAUUUCGGGCUAGCCAAGCUUGCUCCUGUUGGGAAUAAGUCGCACGUACCGACAAGAGUGAUGGGAACGGCUGGUUAUUGUGCACCCGAGUAUCAAAAAACCGGUAAGUUAACUGUGAAGUCGGAUGUUUACAGUUACGGAGUCGUGUUGUUGGAGAUCAUUACUGGAAGGAGAGCCGUUGAUUUGACAAGGAAAAGCGAGGAGCUACAUCUUGUCCGAUGGGCGGAGCCAAGGAUCAAGGACCCACAAAAAUACUCGGAAUUGGUGGACCCGCUUCUCGAAGGAAAUUACCCACGGGCCGAUUUAAGCCAAGUACUAGCCAUAGCAGCCAUGUGUCUCAGUGUCGAUGCAUCAGUCCGACCUUCGAUCAGUGAUGUGGUCACGGCUCUCGCGUUCCUUGUGCAGGAUACGGUACAAUAA